AUGUUUAUAAUUUCAUAUAUAUAUAUAUUAUUAUCAAUAUUUAUAAUACCCAUUUUAGCUGAUCCAUCCAUGGAAGAAUUAGAAGGUACAUGGACUUCAAAAUCAAAUACUGUAUUUACAGGACCUGGAUUUUAUGAUCCAAUAGAUGAAUUAUUAAUUGAACCAGAUUUACCAGGUAUAAGUUAUAGUUUUACAGCUGAUGGUCAUUAUGAAGAAGCAUUAUAUAGAGUUGUAUCAAAUGCUAAAAAUCAUUCUUGUCCAAUUGCUUCUAUUACAUAUCAACAUGGUACUUAUGAAAUUGUUAGUAAUGGAUCAGUUAUAUUAACUCCAAUAGCAGUUGAUGGUAGACAAUUAUUAAGUGAUCCAUGUAAUCAAGAUAAUCCAAAUGAAUCUCAAUAUUCAAGAUAUGUUCAACCAACUUUUUUUAAAACUUAUCAAAAAUUUGUUGAUCCUUAUCAUGGUAGAUGGACUUUACAAAUUUAUCAAUUUGAUGGAUCUAAAAUGCAACCAUUAUAUUUAGCUUAUCAACCUCCUUUAAUGUUACCAACUUAUGCAUUGAAUCCAACUGAUUCAGCAAGUGAAACUGCUUCAACUUUAAGAAAUUCAAAUUCUAAUAGUAAAAGAUCAAUUAAAAAUAAAUUAAAAAGAUCCUUGGAAAAUAGUUAUAGAACAAAUGCUAUAAAGAAGAAUUAUUUUGAAGAUUCAAAAUUUGAUAAUUAUUGGUGGGGGUCAGUUAUAUGUUUAGGUUUAAUUUCAAGUUUUGUCUUUUUAAAGAAUUAA